AUGGACCCGCAAGAGCUGGGCGACCCUCUUGGCGACCCACCGGCCUCGAGCCAGCCCGAGGUGGUCCCCGAAGACGAAACACGUGAACGGCUUCGUGGGCUCGAAGAAGACAAGACGCGCCUCGAGCAGCAGAUUUUCGGCCAUGUACAAGAAGUAACUGCACUGCGCACUCAACUGCAAAACGUCUCUACCCGCAAUGAACAGCUGACCGAGCAGCUCUCUAGUUGUCUCUCGGAUAUCACGGCCAAGGAACACAAGGCGCGUCUCAUGGAAGCUGCCAGGGACGAGUAUGCCGAGAAGAAGACGCGAUGCGAGGAACAGCUCGAAAAGUACAAACAUGAGAAAGAGGACCGCGACGCUAUUAUCCGCACAAUUACCCGUGAAAAGCAUCAACUGAACGAGGAGCUCGUCACUGUUCGAGAAAAACUUGGGAACCUGAAACAAGAAAACGUUGAACUCAACGCCGAGCGCAAAGCUUGGGACCGGGAAAAGCGCGAGAUUGAUGCCCAGCUGCAGCGUGUCAAGGACGAAGUUGCCGUUUUGAGCGAAUCGAAACGCUGGCUGCUAAAUGAAGUCAGCGCACGUGAUACGAAGAUCUCGCAGCUACGCAUUGAGGCGAGCAACAAUCAAAUUGAAAGACAAAACGAGAAGAGUCGACUAACAGAUGAGACUGUUGGACUGCAGGAUCGAGUAACAGAGCUUGAGGCCGAACUCAGCCAAGCCAAUGCACAAUUGACCGAAAAAGUUCAAGCCUUCAAGAAGCAAAUUGAAACACAACAACAAGCUGUUUACGAGGCCGAGGAAGAGUUGCGCGGUCGCGUCAACAUUGCCAGCCAGUACAAGGAGGCGCUCGACAACGCAAAUCUCCUGAUCGAGGAGUUGAAGAGCUCCGACGAGCACAGUGUGCGCGAAGCUGCUGAAAUCCGUCAGCUAUUGGAGGAAGCAAAAGAACAAAUGGAAAGCCGCCAACUCCAGCUGCAAUCGGAGCUCGAGAGCCGGAAUGAACGAAUUAGUGAUCUGGAGGAUGAGCUGCGGAAGGCCAACGAACUUCUUCAGAGUGGCAAUAAUUUCGGUUCAAUUUCUGACGAGGAACUCGAGCGAAUCGCCCCGGCUGCCGCUGCUACAAGCAAGCUGCUCCGUUCUGGAAUGACUUUGUCACAGUUCUACCGGGAGUAUGCUCGCGUCACUGGAGAAUUGGAAGAGCAAAAAUACGUCAACAGCCAACUGGAGAAUGAAUUGCGCAUCGUGGUUGAGCAGAUUGAAAAUAAUAUGCCUGACGUGGCUCGACAACGUGAACAGCUUGAACGUACCCUGGACCAUAACGAUCGGCUCAGCAAUCAGCUCGACGGGGCCGCUGAAGAGAAACGCCAGCUGGUCGCGCAAAAGGAUGCUGCGACUCGCGAACUGACGUUCACCAAAGUUGAGCUUGAGCGUUUCCAACGCGAACACAUCAAGCUGAAAGAACAGACGACGCAACUACUCUUUGUGCUGGAAAGCGAACGAAUGGCGGCCGUCGAGCAAAUGCCGCAGACGCCUGAAGAACAACGCCGAAUGUACACUUCCAUCGCGAGCCUCCAAAACCAAAACGUACAGCUACAAAUGGAACUAGAGAACGUACAACGCGAUGCCAAGAACAAGCUCGAGGAGGCCGUGCGGCAAGAGUCUCAACGGUUGCGCGAGGAACUAGAUUUGUCGAAGCGGGAACUGGAAAAUAUCAACGCGUCGAUGGGCCGACUGCAAACUGCGAUGGGCAGCCUCGAGCAGCAACGCGACCGUCUUCGCGAUCUGGUGGAGCGAGGCUCGUUGGAUCCAGAAGCGGCCGACCUUCGCAAGCGCAACGUCGACUUGCAAAAUGAACUGGCUGCGCUGAAGGCUCGAUACCAAUUGGUCGAAAAACGUAAUCAGGAACUGAAAGAGGAGACUGAGAAACGAAUCCAGAUCGCCGAUGAUCGUGUCGUUGACCACAAUGGUAGGAUGAACGAGCUCAAGCUGGUGCAAGUGUCACUUCAGGCCGAACUUGACAUGCAAAAGCAGAUUGCGCUUUCAACGAAAGCUGAAUACGACAAAUUCAUUUCGAAAUUCCGGGCGCAAGAGAGAGAAUUGACCAAGUCACGACAAGCACAGUCUGCGGUGGAGAGCAAAUUGUCGGAAAAUAACGAUAUGAUGGUGAAACAACAGGAUGAGAUGGCCUCGCUCAAGGUUGAAAACCGGGCGCUUCGCGAGGACGUUGAGCAAGCGCGAUCGACCACUUCACGUUUGGAGGGUGAACUCCGGGUGUAUCAAGAAAUGUCGAAGACGCAUCAGAACCUUAUCGCCGCUCUUGGUGAUGCUGAACGCCGAAUGCAACUCGGAGAUGAUCUAAAGGUCACUCGACUCGAAUCACUCUUGGAAAGCACUACUAUCGAGCGUGAUCAGCUUCGUGCCACUAACCAGAGUCUAUCCGAGCAGCUCAGCAGCGCUUCCCGAUUGAGCGGUGAAACAGAGAAACGUCUAACUGGUGAUCGUGACCUUCUUCGCACUCAAUUGGAAGAGCUGAAGAAGGAAAGCACUGAGGCUCAACAAGAACUGGCCUCGAUGCGCACCAAACUCGACGCCGCCCAGAAGCAAGCGGCCGCAUAUGAAUCCACGAACGUUUCAUUGAAUCCCGAGCGAUUGGCCAACCGCAACACCUACCUUGAGGCACAAGUUGAAGAACUGAAGGUCAAGCUUUCCGAAGCCGAAAAUAGACUCGCACGUGCCGAUCAUGAGCUUCUGCAACUCACCAACACUUCGGACAGCGUGGAGACGAACCUGAAAGAACAAACGGACAGCGCCCAACAAACGAUCGGGCGACUGAAUGGACUUGUCGAAGCGGCCGAAAAGCGCAACAAGCAGCACAUGGAGCAAAUCGCCUCCGUUCGCGAAGAACUACAGCGCCAGGGCGAGGAGCUCGUUGCUCGCGAGGCCGAAUGGACACGCGAGAAAACGCAGCUUGAGCAGAAGGUGGCCGUGCUCGAAGUGCAACUCAACAACUCUGAAGCCCUACGCGGAGAGCACGAACGUCGUUUGACCGAGCUCAAGGGAGAGCACGCCACAAUUGAGUCCCGAUUCACCGCCUUGGAAGAGGAGAAGAACCAGCUUCUGAGGGACAAAGAUUCCCUGGAUGUGUCCUUGGAAACUCUGCGUGCACAGCUCAGCACGACAAAGAUUGAGUUGCAGAAUGCCAACGCGAGGGCUACUGAAGAGCUUCGAACUCGUGAAAUCAUGGCCGAACAAGAUAAGCAACGGCAGGCGGCUGCUAACCAACGCGUCGAUGAGGCCGAACAGGCAUAUCAAGCUGCUCAGAAGCGCACCGAAGAGCUUCUUCAACAGAUCACCGGGCUUUCCAACGAAUUGACGGUGCUGGAGGCAAAGUCAAAAUCACUUGACAGCGACCCGACAUCUACCGGCGAUGCUGCUACCGUUUCUGAGGGUGGCAUGCAAGUUAUGCAACAAGUCGUUCGUUUCCUACGUGAGGAGAAAGAAAAGGCUCAAGAACGCUCGAUGGUUGCGGAGAUGGAUCUCAAGCGUCUGCGGCUGGAAAUCGAGGAAUUGCGUGAAGUGAAGGCUCAAACUACCGAACAGCUUCGCCAGCGUGAACUGGAGGUUGAGCAAAACAAGGUCGCCUUGGCGCAAAAGAACGAACUGAUGAACCGUCUGCAAAAGCUCACGAUGGUUGCCAAGGAAAAUAUGCACCUCAAAGCAGAAAAAGCCAAGCUCACCGAUUCUUUCGCCAUGCUAAACAACAAGCAUCUCGAGCUUGAUAGCCAAGUGAACGACCUGCGCGUGGAGAAGGAGCGCGCCGAGCAGAACGCUGCUUCGGCCAAUGCCUUGGCGGCUGCUCGGCAGAACGAGCUGAAUCUCGUUAGGCAGCGUAUCGGCGAGACCGCGCAGCAGAAGAUCACCGCCCUCAAGCAGCAGCUGGACAAAAUUACUGCCGAGAAGGAAGCCGAGUCCACAAAGUUGGCUGAGAUGACGACUGCGCUUGAGGCCAAGCACAAAUUCGCCCUCACCCAGGUCCAGAAGUUCAAAGAGGUUCAACAAAAGCAUCAACAAGUUGUCGUAUUGGCUCGAAAACAGCGUGACCAGAUCCAGGCUCUCCAACAACAAGGCGGAGCAGUUUUUACAGCAUCCGACUUGGAAAAGAAAGAUCAAGAAAUCGCGGCGCUCCAAGAACAAAUUGCCGGGCUGACCAAGACAAAAGAUGAGAGUGAGAAGGCUGCACAGGCUACGCUUGAUCGCCUCGAGGCCGAGAAGGACGAGGCGACGGCUCGAGCUGCCGUCAUGCAUAAUAUGCUCGAGAAGAGCAACGACCGUUCCAAGGAGUUGGGAAAACAAUUGGAAGCCGAGAAGGAGGCACACGCCCGAACCCGUGCUGAAGCGGCACUUCAACAAGCCGCCAUCCAACCAUCGUCAUCGCGCUCUGAGCCAAGUCAGUCGGUCUCACGAUCGACACAGCCCGUUCCGGCGGUUCCUACACCUGCGACGACUACCGUCACGUUGGCGCCCACCCUGCCACAAAUCCAGCAGGUCGAUGCUGUCCCAAGCGCCCCGGUCUCGGCCUCGGAUAGCCACCCGGCUGUCCCCUCAUCUCAACAGCCAUCUUUCUUCUCUGCUUUCGGCAGUUCAUCGACGAGCUACCGGCCCACCCCGGCCACCUCGGUUUUUGGAAGCCCCACUCUCUUCAAGCCACAACCCCAGCCUUCCGUUCCGACGCCGGCUACUCCAUCAACUACAGCUCCCGCCCAGCCAUCGGUCCCUGUUCCGAGCCCAUCCGUGCCACAUAAUGAUGCCCCGCCCGCAAUGGUUGCUGGCUUCUUCGGUCUCCGCCCGGCUGCUCAAAAUGCCAGCCGCGCCUCGGCUUUCUCGUCGAGCGCCCCGGCUGAUCCAGCGCCGGCCGCUGCCACCGCCAGACAGACGCCUCCACAGCGUCAGUCGAACAAUACGGAGACGAUCAACGAGAAUCCGGUUGCUCCGGUCGAUGAGCCCGAUAUCGACCAGGGCGGAGCUUUCGCCAUCGACGAAGAACUGCUUCCGGCCGAGCAGCCCUCGCAGGACGACGUCUUCCUAUCCACAAUCAGCUCCUCCAGCGGCGGCGAAACUUCGACUCGCAAGCGUGGCCCCCAAGAGGAUCCCGAACAGCUGCCCAAACGUCAUCGUGACAGCCCUGGCGAGAAUUUGAUCUCAAGCAGCCGCGCCAACGAGGAUGUCCUGAUGGAUGCGAAUUCUCUCGGUGGCAUCGACGACCUUGAUGCGAUGCGUCAGCCGGACGUCUUGGACGAGGAUAUUGAAGGAGGUGCUAUGGAGGGUGAUGGUGAAGAGGAGGAAGAAGUCGUCGAAAGACUGCCUGAGGUUAACCCACAGGUUCUGAACGAUGAGGACGAUGAUGAUGAUAUUCAGGAGAUCCCCGAUCACCCACUGCAGCACCAGGGCGCUGAGCAAGAGAACGAAGAUGAUGACGACGACGAUGACGAUGUUCAGGUUAUCUCCUCGGAUUCGGAAGGCCAGGGCGUGGGUGACACCGAUUCGGAAGACGAUACCGGCCUCGUGGUGAUGGACGAUGGCCCUGGAGAACCGGGCGGUGACGUGGAAGAGUUUGGUUACAGCGAAGGCGAGGACCUCGAUGACGAUGAUGCGGGUGAAGAUUUUGGCGAUGAGGGUGAUGGUGUAGAAGCGGAUGAAGCCGCUAACCCAUUUGAAAGCAGCGACCACGACGGUGAUCCGAAUGUCGAUGAACAGACCCAAGACGCUGAAGUUGUUGACGUCGAUUUGCUCGAGGAGAUUGGGGGAGAGCGUGAAGCCGCUUCGGCCAUUGAAGAAGCUGACGACGAGGGUCGUGCUGAAAGCGGACAACGCGUUGCCCCAGCCGAGCCUCUGCCCGCAGGUGCCAAAGACGACGCGAGCGAGUCGUGCGCCCAACAGCCAGCCCAAUCAACCACGCAGCGCCCUCGGACUGCAGCUGUUUCACGGGCUCCGAUCCAAUUCGACAUCUUGCCAUCUUCAUCGAACGAGACGGCUGAUCAGCAACCGACUACUUCGGCUGCAUCUUCUUCCUAUCCCUCUCGUAUAUUGGCUGCCGCCCGAGGAGCUGCUCGCGGUGGCCGAGCUGGUCAACGCCCUCCUCCGGCCGGCCCUUAUGUCGCCCCAUCUCUUCGCCAGGCUCGUGUUGGUCGCGGUGCUAUGGGCGCCCCUCGCGGACGCGCCGGCAUGGCCCCACGCGGUGCUCAUCGUGGCGGUCCGCCGAAGAUG